GGUACUCUCAUUCUUGAUUGCAGACCAUGGCGAAGAAAGGUGCUCAGUCUUCAUCGAAUUUUGUUAUCUUGUAUAACUGCCCUGCAGAUGUUGAACUGCUUUGUUUAGCUGAUGGGGUUGGCUUGCCCCAGAACUUGAUCUUGUGUGCUUUAAUGGCAUUUUCCUUUAUUGUCAAAAAAAAAAAAAAAUUUUCUCCUAGACUUUGACUUUUGAAACAUCGUGAACCCAUUUUUACUUACUGGACGCUGACGGGUAUUAUAUACUAAAUAAACCUUCACAUCUCCUCAAAUUUACAAAAUCUUACCGCUACCUAGCUUUCCUUUUCCUCACCUCAUUUUCAAAUUAGAUCUGAACAAAUCCGAAAUCAUAUGAUAUUUUUGGGCAUUCUGCCUAUCCGAAAUCAUGACUACGACAGAAAUCUAAGAGGGAACCCCUUUUACAGAUUUACAAAAUUGCAAUUUACAAUGUAAUGGCGUUUGGAGGCGGGUUUGUGAGGAGAAGCUGAUUGAUGGGGAGGCGGCGGAAGGGCGAAACUCCGGCGGAGAAAACCAAAGAUUCGAACUUCGCAGACAACCCCCACAGCAAAGCACAAAACCCGAUUGAUGCUUUAUGUGAUCUAGGAAUGUUCUAUUCAGUCAGUAGGUUUAUUUCACAUGGCACUGACCAUCUGUUUUGUGCAGUCGUGUGGCAUGUGUUUUGGUGGAAAAGGAUUGAGAAGUGCAAUAGUCUUGGAGGGGGAAAGAAGAUAUAGGAACGUGUUGGGUAGAAAAAUGAGGUUUAAUAAUUUUCUGCUCUCUGAAGUUUCAAAAAUUUGUUCUCGAUCAAAGCACACAUUAACCAAAAAGCUGUUGGAGGAAGUACAUAUGUAUGAUACAGCCAGUGCCUCAGAUCGCUCAAAGCUGCUCAAAAAGGUUUCAGUUUUGAUGGGUUAUGAUAGUCUUGAUGAUUUAAUUGAGAAUGGAAUAUCUGACAAGCAAACUGGCAGCAACCUUAAAGAUACUAGAGAUGAUUUUGAUCUCUCCUUGGCCCGUAAAAGAUUUCCAUCCAUCAUUGUUGGUAGUUCACCCCCAGUGGAAUUGUAUGAUGAAACUAUAUCUGGCUCCGAAAUAAGAAGUUCUUUAGCAUCUCAAAGAUUUCCUGCAAAUUUCAUGGAUGGAAAGUGGGUGGUCAAUCAAAAUGAUAUGUGUGAAGCAUGGUCUUCUCUGUAUCCUUCUGUUCCACAUGCAAGCCCUCCUGUAGAAGUAGAAGAAAAUGCUGACUAUUCAAACAAGUCUUCUUAUUUGUCUGAGUCUUCUUGGUCUUUGGCUCUGGAAUCUGAAGGAAAAUCAGAUAUAGCCACUGUGGAGGAUUCUUCUACCAAGGGUAUUGAAUCAGAGCUUACUGCAUCCACUGAGCUAUUUCUGGACAGAUCCAUCAGCUGCAUACCUGGUUUAAGUAAGAGGCACUCUCGCCAGCUGGAGAACUCUGGCUUUCACACGUUGCGGAAAUUGUUGCAUCAUUUUCCUAGGACCUAUGCAGAUUUACAGAAUGCACAAAUUGAAAUCAAUGAUGGACAGUACUUUAUAUUUGUUGGAAAAAUUUUAUCUUCCAGGGGAAUUAGAGCCAGUUAUUCCUUUUCAUUUCUUGAGGUGGUUGUGGGUUGUGAAGUUGCAGACAAUCAAGCAAUUUCUGACUCUGAGUAUAUAUUUAAUGACAGUCACAGCCAUGGAACAAAGACAAUUUAUUUGCAUUUGAAGAAAUUUUUCCGUGGUACUCGUUUUGCUUGUAAACCAUUUCUUACAAGUCUACAGGAGAAGCAUAAAUUGGGAGAAUUUGUAUGUGUUAGUGGUAAGGUGAGGACUAUGACUACUAAAGAUCACUAUGAAAUGCGGGAAUAUAACAUUGAUGUGCUAAAAGAUGAAAAUGAUUCAUCUGCUCUUAUACGAGGAAGGCCAUAUCCUAUAUACCCUUCAAAAGGAGGCGUAAAUCCAAAUUUUCUUAGAGACAUUAUUAUAAGAGCUUUUCAAGACUUGCCUGUUAACAUUGACCCAAUUCCAAAAGAAAUCACCCAGGAAUUUGGACUUCUCUCUCUCCAUGAUGCGUAUUUGGGCAUACAUCAACCUAAGAAUAAAGAGGAAGCUGAUUUAGCUCGGAAACGGCUCAUUUUUGAUGAAUUCUUUUACCUGCAGUUAGGGCGUCUAUACCAAAUGCUUGAAGGUCUUGGAACACAAUUAGAGAAAGAUGGAUUGCUGGAAAAGUACAGAAAACCUAUUGUUAAUGCUGCCUACAUGGACGAAUGGUCCAGCCUGACUAGGGAAUUUCUAAAAACUCUUCCUUAUUCCCUUACUUCUAGCCAACUAAGUGCUGUUUCAGAAAUUAUAUGGGAUCUAAAGCGACCAGUACCUAUGAAUCGGCUUUUGCAGGGUGAUGUUGGAUGUGGAAAAACUGUGGUAGCUUUUCUGGCAUGUAUGGAGGUUAUUGGUUCUGGCUAUCAGGCAGCCUAUAUGGUUCCAACAGAGUUGCUUGCAAUCCAGCAUUAUGAACACUUACUUAAUCUGCUAGAAAAUAUGAAGGAGGUUGAGUGUAAACCAUCUGUAGCUUUACUAACAGGAUCAACCCCAUUGAAACAAUCACGGAUGAUUCGACAGGAUCUGCAAACUGGAAACAUCUCAAUGGUCAUUGGAACCCACAGUUUAAUAUCUGAAAAUGUGGAGUUCUGUUCAUUACGCAUUGCUGUGGUAGAUGAACAGCACCGAUUUGGUGUAAUCCAGAGGGGGAGGUUUAACAAUAAGCUAUUCUCUACUUCUAUAAGUUCGAGAAGUGAAGUAUCUAAUUCAGAUGGAUCUUCAAGAAAUGAUGUGCAGAUGGCUCCUCAUGUUCUGGCAAUGUCGGCUACUCCUAUCCCUAGGACACUUGCUCUGGCUUUAUAUGGGGAUGUGUCCCUUACACAAAUAACUGACCUGCCUCCUGGUAGAAUACCGGUUGAAACACGAGUUGUUGAAGGAAGUGGCAAUGGCUUUAAGAAUGUCUACAAGAUGAUGCUUGAAGAAUUAGAGACUGGUGGUAAAGUGUAUCUUGUUUAUCCAGUCAUUGAGCAAUCUGAACAACUGCCUGAGCUUCGAGCUGCUUCACCAGAUUUUGAGGCCAUAUCAAAUAGGUUUGAGGGUUACAAAUGUGGAUUGUUGCAUGGAAGAAUGAAGAGUGAUGAAAAGGAAGAAGCCUUGAAACUGUUCAGAUCCGGAGAAACACGUAUAUUGCUUGCCACUCAAGUAAUUGAGAUUGGUGUUGAUGUUCCAGAUGCAUCUAUGAUGGUUGUUAUGAAUGCCGAGAGAUUUGGAAUAGCUCAGUUACACCAACUUAGGGGAAGAGUUGGACGGGGAGUAAGGAAGUCCAAAUGUAUAUUCAUAGCAUCUACUUCUAGUAGCCUCCAUCGACUAAAGUUUCUUGAGAAGUCAUCAGAUGGUUUUCACUUAGCUAAUGUGGAUCUUCUUUUACGUGGACCUGGUGACUUGCUUGGUAAAAAACAGUCUGGACACCUUCCUGAAUUUCCUGUUGCCAGACUGGAAGUAGAUGGGAAUAUGUUGCAACAAGCACAUAUUGCUGCACUGAAGAUUUUGAGUAAUUCUCAUGAUUUGGAGCGUUUUCCAGCAUUGAAAGCAGAGCUUAGCAUGCGACAGCCACUUUGUCUAUUGGGUGACUAAGCUCAAGUUUGGUUUCUUUAUGGUGCUUCCAACUUGUUCAUACAGCAAUGCUAUCCCUUGGAUCGACAGUUCUUCUUGGUGGUAUAUUCAUCUACUUUUAUUAAAGCUACAAUUAAUUAAUUAAAGCUAUACACAGUUGAGAUUAGAAAAUUAUGAUAUAAUUUUAUCAUUAGGCACGUUGAUUGUUUGGAGGAUGUCAUAAUGACACACAAGGGCACGCAUGCAUAUACAUGUAUGCUUACGCAUGCCUAUGUAUAUGCUAAUGCAUGCAUGCAUGCAUGUUUUGAAAGUACAUAACAUUUUGAAAGGUUUAAUGAAAUAUGUUGAUCACA